AUGGCCGCCCACUUCCUCAGAUGCCUCUCUCGUAUACAGCAGACCGCAAGCGACACCUCGGUGGCCAGCCGCAGCCGUAGAAUAAGGCGCGCUGCUUACGCGUCGAUGGCCUACUCCGCCGGGCACAGGCGAGCCUGGAGCCGCGCUUUGCUCCGUAAGCUCCGCUGCCGAAGAGCCAGGCCUGUGAUCCUUCCCAGGAGGCCAAGGAUCGCGAGACCUCAAGUAGUAAUAGAGAUCGAUCGAGCUGAGGUUCUUCGCAAGCUGGUACCCGGAGGAACAGGCAUGGACUACUGCAGGCUGCUCGAGGAAACAGCGGACUACAUAAGGUGCCUAACCACGCAGGGUGGGGAGAAGAGAGGAAGAAGAAGGAGGAGGAGGAGGAAGGGGGAAGUGUUCUUCACCUCGGUAGGUCCCAGCAGGGCUGGUGGUGGUGGUGGUGGUGGGUCCAUCGACCAUGCCAGGAAUGGUUGUUUCGUGCUCUCAAAGGCUUGGACAACAUAA